AUGCCUCCCAGUUCACCUUGGUCCAUCCUGGUGUGGUACAUGGACGGCUACUACAAGGGGCGCCGCGUGCUGGAGUUUCGGACCCUCAACGACUUCGUCACGGGGCAGAACUUCGUGCAGCACCUCCUGCCGCACCCCUGGGCCGGCACGGGCCACGUGGUCUUCAACGGGUCGCUCUACUACAACAAGUACCAGAGCAACGUCGCCGUGAAGUACCACUUCCGCUCGCGCAGCGUCCUGGUGCAGCGCAGCCUGGCCAGCGCCGGCUACAACAACACCUUCCCCUACUCCUGGGGCGGCUUCUCCGACAUCGACUUCAUGGUGGACGAGAGCGGGCUCUGGGCCGUCUACACCACCAACCAGAACGCCGGCAACAUCGUGGUGAGCCGGGUGGACCCGCAGACGCUGGAGGUGCUGCGCAGCUGGGACACGGGCUACCCCAAGCGCAGCGCCGGGGAGGCCUUCAUGAUCUGCGGCACCCUCUACGUCACCAACUCCCACCUGGCCGGCGCCAAGAUCUACUUCGCCUACUACACAAACACUUCCAGCUACGAGUACACGGAUAUCCCCUUCCACAACCAGUACUCCCACAUAUCCAUGCUGGACUACAACCCGCGGGAGAGGGUGCUCUACACCUGGAACAACGGCCACCAGGUCAUCUACAACGUCACGCCCGGCCCUGCCCCGCUGGUGGCCGGGGUGGGGGGAUACGUCCCCCUCGCUCAAGAGCGGCCCCGGCGGCGCGGCAGCUGGAGAAUGCGCCACCUCCCCCAAAAAAGUUAA